ACAUCACAAUUCACAAGAUUGCCGACUGGCGUGGCGCUUUGUAUAUAAAUAGGAAUACUUUCUCUUGUCCUUUUAACAUCUUGAUUUGUUACAUAUAUGUGCUGAAGUUAAUUUUAUCGAUAAUUUACUUUAAAGUACUAUUUUUUAUCGGAUAUCGGUUAUUAUCGCUGCCGUUAACUUCUAGCGUGACUUAUAAGCUAAAACUACCCUAAGAACAACAUUACGUUAAUUUAUUGCAAUGGAACAUCGGCGGAAAUACGGACGAGGCGACGAUGGAUCAGAAGACCACCCAACGUACUCCAGGUUGUUUAUAGUUUGCGAGAAAAGAUUGAGUGAAGAUGAUUUUAGACAAUCAUUCUCAAAAUAUGGGACCAUUGAAGACAUCAGAAUGCCCCGCGACCACAACACUGGGGAUCCCAAAGGUAUCGUCUACAUUAAGUUUAAUAAAACCUCUGAAGCGGCGCGUGCUUUAGAGGAAAUGAAUUUCAAAAUCUUGCCGAACGCGAGCCGCCCGUUAAAAGUUAUGGUCGCCGCCAACCGCUCGGAGAUCGAAUCUGACGAUCUAGACCACGAAAAAUACAAGAGGCUGUUCUUGAACAUACCGAAAACUUCCAACGAAGACGUCUUGCAGGAAGACUUCGGCCAGUAUGGUGACAUCGAGUCAAUAAACAUUCAGCGAGACAGAUCCAGCGGAGACUCCAAGGGGUUUGCUUAUGUUAAGUUCAGAAAGUUUUCCGAAGCAGCCACAGCAUUUGAGAAAUGUGACAAGAAGUAUAGAGCCAUCUUUGCCAUGCCUAAGGGGCACCACAGACGGCAGGAGACAGCAUUUGAGUCUAACAUUAGUUCUCUAGCUCGGUCGUCUUCAAACAUGAGAAAUUCGUUAGUCUCUAUGAUGAAUGUGCGGCCGGAUGGUUAUACUAGCAUUAGCUUUAUGUGUUGUCCGUACCUUACACAGUUGCAUGUAGAGAGGUUCUUCGAUAUAGUCCCAGGCAUGGUGAAGUGCCAGUACUUUGUGGAUUUGGUGAGAAACUUUGGUAAAGGGACAGUACAAUACUCAAACCCUGUGUCUGCAGCUUAUGCAGUUGAAAAACUCAACAAGUUUGAGUACCCACCGGGCUUAAAGAUAUUUGUUAAACCGGACAACUCAAAAUUUGAACCGCAUGAACAAAAGUUUAAUAACAUACCUGAUGCUGUAAGCAAUCUUAAAAAUGUUAUGGCCGCCACAGCCAAGUCAACUUCUCCUGACUUGGCUCAAUUGGCCGAAGCUAUCUCAGAAGCUUCCAAGUUGAUCAAGAUGGCUACGGCAGGCAUGUCGAAUCAAACUAUCCCAGACAGCACAGACUUAAAUUAUUGCAGCGUAAAACUACCCUCUAUAAAGGACUUGGCCGACAUAGACAGCAAAGUAGCCAAAAGAUGCUUUUUGAUUUGCAAACCACAACCCCCGUCUUUGACUGUAUUGCGUGACAUAUUCUGUCGUUUUGGUGACCUUAUCAAUGUGUACACAUUACCAAACAAGACUGUUGGGUAUGCCCGUUACGCAUCAGUUGAAGCAGCAAAUGAGGCAAUCAAGACUUUGCACGGAGCGGAGGUGUGUGGAGUUCGUAUGAAAGUGCUGCCUGCAGAAGAAAAACCAGAUGACGAUGAAAGUUCUACUAAAAGGACUAGAUACGAUUACUAAGUCCUUCUUGAUAAUGCUGGCCUAAAAGAAGCUGUAUAUGUGCUAGAUUGCUGUACACACUUGUUUUUAGGAUGUCAGAGAAUACUGAUAAAACUGUUGAUGCAUUGAUUCAUUGUAGAGUAUUUUUAGCUUGAAGUGUAUUGAGACAAUGAAUAAAUUUAUUUUUUCUA